GCUUAGCAGCUAAUAAUAGGCGAUGUUUGCAAAGUAAUUUGCCUCUUCCUUGGCCAAUGGGAGCCGGAGCACUUUUCCAUCAAACCUCCCUUUUCAGGAUUUGCCGAGAGGCGAACUUCUCCAAAUGUUAGCGCUACGGGAUCGGAGUUAGACUUGACACGGGCGGACUCAGACUGCGAGGCUUUCCUCCUACUACUACUACUAUUACUACUACGGCUCCUCUCUGAGACGCAGUUUUUUCUCCAACUCUCGGGACGAAUGAAGACUGAAGGAUCUAUACGGAUUUCGGCGCAUAAUGUCGGGAUGGAGUUUCGCGACUUGUUUGGCUCCGCGGAAGAGUAGAAAAGCGAGUUUGUCGCCGGCGGCGCUGGAUGCGCUCCGCGUCUAUGUUGGAUUACCGUCGCCUUUUCUGAACUCCCAGCAUCGAUUUCCCUUCACGCCGCUCCGCGCCCCGAUCACCCUCUUUGGACUAUGGCCUCGGAUCGCGGGGUCCCAGGGUCCGGCGUCUUUAGAGAUUUACCCCCGAGUUAUACGCGCUCCCAGCCGCCUGCGCACCCGGACCUGCAGCGGAGACCCAGCUACUGCCACGCCGCUUUUGCACUUAAACAGAUCUCAAAGGGAAAGGCGGUAGGUCAGAAAGCUCCUCUGUGGAUCCGGGCGAGGUUCCAGGCCCUCCUGUUCUCUCUGGGCUGCCACAUCCAGAGGCACUGCGGGAAGGUCCUCUUCAUCGGACUCUUGGUGUUCGGGGCUCUGUCUGUGGGACUGCGGGUGGCAGCCAUCGAGACCAACAUCGAGCAGCUGUGGGUGGAAGCUGGCAGCCGGGUGAGCACGGAGCUUCGCUACACCAGGGAGAAGCAGGGAGAGGAGUCGGUGUUUACCUCGCAGAUGCUCAUCCAGACCCCGAAGGAAGAGGGCACUAGUAUCUUAACGCCGGAGGCUUUGCUGGUUCACAUGGAGGCGGCGCUGUCCGCCAGCAAGGUGCAGGUGUCGCUGUUCGGAAAAUCGUGGGAUCUCAAUAAAAUAUGCUACAAAUCAGGAGUUCCUAUUAUAGAAAAUGUCAUGAUUGAAAGGAUGAUUGACAAGCUGUUCCCGUGUAUGAUAAUCACCCCGUUGGACUGUUUCUGGGAAGGGGCCAAGCUGCAAGGAGGCUCUGCCUAUUUGCCGGGCAUGCCAGAUAUCCAGUGGAUGAAUUUAGAUCCUGUCAAGCUGAUGGAAGAACUGGGCCAGUACACUUCCCUGGAAGGUUUUAAAGAGAUGCUGGACAAAGCUCAAGUGGGACACGCCUACAUGGACAGGCCGUGCCUCGACCCGUCAGACCCCGACUGCCCUCUCAGUGCUCCCAAUAAGGAACAGGAAGAGAGUCCGGACAUUGCCGGGCGCCUCCAGGGUGGAUGCCAUGGCUUCAGCCAGAAGUUCAUGCAUUGGCAGGAGGAGCUCAUCCUGGGAGGACGGGUCAAAAGCAGCCAGGAUACCCUACUAAGUGCGGAGGCUCUCCAAACCAUGUUCCUGUUGAUGAGUCCCAAGCAGCUCUACGAACACUUCAAAGACGACUACGAGAUCCACGACAUCAACUGGAACGAGGAAAAGGCCACCGCCAUCCUCGAGUCCUGGCAGAGGAAGUUUGUGGAGGUCGUCCACCAGAGUAUUCCUGGUAACUCCAGUCAGUCCAUCCACGCCUUCUCUACUACCACCCUCAACGACAUCAUGAAGUCCUUCUCUGACGUCAGCGUCAUCAGGGUGGCUGGAGGAUAUUUGCUCAUGCUGGCCUACGCCUGUGUGACGAUGCUCAGGUGGGACUGUGCCAAGUCACAGGGGGCUGUUGGACUUGCAGGGGUGCUGCUGGUAGCCCUGUCGGUGGCAGCCGGACUGGGUCUCUGCUCUCUGCUUGGUCUCUCCUUCAACGCUGCAACCACACAGGUGCUUCCCUUCCUGGCACUGGGGAUCGGUGUGGAUGACAUGUUUCUGUUGGCUCACUCAUUCACAGAGACAGGAAGUAAUAUCCCCUUUAAGGAGCGGACAGGAGACUGCUUGCGUCGCACCGGCACCAGCGUGGCUCUGACUUCGUUAAACAACAUGAUCGCGUUCUUCAUGGCCGCCCUGGUGCCCAUCCCGGCCCUGCGAGCGUUCUCUCUGCAGGCGGCCGUUGUGGUGGUGUUCAACUUCGCCAUGGUGCUGCUCAUCUUCCCCGCCAUCCUCAGCUUGGACCUUCACCGGCGCGAGGACAAGCGCCUGGACAUCCUCUGCUGCCUGUACAGCCCCUGCGCCGACCGCGUCAUUCACCUCUCGCCCGGUGAGCUGUCGGAAGCCGGCGAGCAGUCUCACGCACCCGGGGCGGGGGCCGCGCACGCCCAGCAGUACGCCGCCGGGCCGACGAUCACCACCAGCACCCAGAUCACGACCACGGUGCAGGCGUUCACGCAGUGCGACGCGGCGGGCCAGCACAUCGUCACGAUCCUGCCGCCGACUUCGCAGAUCUCCACGAGCUCUCCCUCCAUCAUCGUCUGCCCCACCGCGCCGACUCAAGGUGCAUGGAGCCUCUGGAAGCACAAUACAGCAAAGGAUCUGUUGUAUUCAGCACAACCCCUAACGCUUGUUUUCUGUAUGCCGCUCUUCCUCCCAGCCGCCUCGCCUUCUCCGAGCACCACCUCUGUGCCGGACCCCUACGGCUCCCAGCUCUUCACCCCGACCUCCAGCUCCACACGGGACCUCCUGGCCCAAGUGGAGGACUCCAAAUCGGGGAAGAAGUGCGUCCCGCUUCCCUUCCUUCACUGGAACCUGUCCAUCUUCGCUCGUGAGAAGUACGCCCCCCUCCUCCUGAAGCCCAAGAGCAAAGUGGCGGUGGUGGUCCUCUUCCUGGGGCUCCUGAGCCUCAGCCUGUACGGAACCACCAUGGUUCACGACGGCCUCUAUCUGACCGACAUCGUGCCCCGCGACACCAAGGAGUACGACUUCAUCGACGCGCAGUUCAAGUACUUCUCCUUCUACAACAUGUACCUGGUGACCAUGGACGGGUUCGACUACGCCCGAUCCCAGAGGCUGCUGGUUCAGCUCCACAACGCCUUCAACUCUGUCAGAUACGUGGUCCGAGAUGGCGACAACAAGCUGCCCCGGAUGUGGCUGCACUACUUCCAGGACUGGCUGAAAGGUCUGCAGGAGGCUUUUGAUUCUGACUGGCAGGCGGGCCGGAUUACAGCCGACAGCUACAGGAACGGCACAGAGGACGGAGCUCUGGCGUACAAGCUGCUCAUCCAGACGGGCUCCAAGAAAGAGCCUUUCAACCACAGCCAGCUGACGACUCGCAAGCUGGUGGAUGCCGAGGGUUUGAUCCCCCCGGAGGUGUUUUACAUUUACCUGACCGUGUGGGUCAGUAACGACCCUCUGGGCUACGCCGCGUCCCAGGCCAACUUCUACCCUCACCCCAGGGAGUGGAUUCACGACAAGUAUGACACCACAGGAGAAAAUCUGCGCAUCCCGUCAGCGGAGCCGCUGGAGUUUGCUCAGUUCCCCUUCUACCUGAACGGCCUUCGGCAGGCGAGCGACUUCGUGGAGGCCAUCGAGAGCGUGCGCGCCAUCUGCGAUGAGUUCAGCCGCAAGGGCGUCCUCAACUACCCUAACGGAUACCCCUUCCUGUUCUGGGAGCAGUACAUCGGCCUCCGUCACUGGUUCCUGCUGUCCAUCAGCGUCGUGCUGGCCUGUACCUUCCUGGUCUGCGCCAUUCUCCUCCUCAACCCCUGGACAGCUGGCAUCAUUGUUUUCAUCCUGGCCAUGAUGACCGUGGAGCUGUUUGGCAUCAUGGGCCUGAUUGGCAUCAAGCUCAGCGCCAUUCCUGUGGUCAUCCUGAUCGCGUCGGUGGGCAUCGGCGUGGAGUUCACGGUUCACAUUGCCCUGGGCUUCCUGACAGCGAUUGGCAACAGGAACAAGCGCUCAGCGGUGGCCCUGGAACACAUGUUCGCCCCAGUGGUUGAUGGGGCGAUCUCCACGUUGCUGGGUGUUCUCAUGCUGGCGGGAUCGGAGUUCGACUUCAUCAUGAGGUAUUUCUUCGCCGUGCUCGCCAUCCUGACUGUUUUGGGGAUGCUGAACGGCUUGGUUCUCCUCCCGGUCCUCCUCUCCAUGAUGGGCCCUCCAGCUGAAGUCACCCCGGUCGACAACUCCAGCUGCCUGCCGACGCCUUCCCCCGAGCCCCCGCUGCCUCCUCCGAUGGCCCACCACGGCUACUUCACGGCCCACAACCACCCGCGCUCGUCCCGGCAGCAGGCGUUUUCCGAGUCGUCCGACUCGGAAUAUUACUCGGAGUUGACGACGACGUCUGGGAUCGGGGAGGAGGAUUAUAAGUACUGUGACAGGAGCGCGUACCAAGCGCCGCACACGGCAGCCCCGUCUACAACGUCUCAUAUUCUGGUGGAAGCCAGCAAGAACCCGAGCUUCCCCAAGCUAACGGUGCUGAAGCCAUUCAGAGAAAACGUAGCAGGUGGGAGGGUCGAACCGUUUUGUGAACCCACGCUUGGCUCCCAGGUGAUGUGCUGGGAUGGUAACCGACGGGAGCAGCAGAGCGACCCCCAGAGACUGCAGGCUCAGUCGGCUCAACGCCUACCCAGCGACAGAGCUCAUUUUCCCGGGAGGACUUGUCAAAGCGGGCCCCGGCCGCAGAACAGCAGGGGGCCUCAGCCGAACAGGACUAAAGGGCCGAGCUACGGUCACAGCAACUCUUCCCUGCCGACGCAACAGGUCCCCGCCGGGGGCCCCGUCACCAUGGUGACGGCCACGGCCUCUGUCACGGUGGCCGUGCACCCGACCCUGCCGGGGGCGGCCUAUCAGGGCUACAUGCAUGAAGGUUUUGACAUGGACAGCGAGUCGGACUGUUUCGAAGCUGCUAAAAGGACUUGUGGUGACAAAGCGAAACAUUCGUCGUGUAACAGAGACUCUCUAGAGCUCCAGGACUUGGAGGCGACACAGGUCCAGACGGAAUAUCAGCUAGGCAAGUCACAAGGUGGGCUGAGGAUCCAGGUGUCCAAAGACUGCUAGAGAACCCGCUCACCGUGGCCCUCUCACUCCGAGUCUCUGGAUCCCAGAGCACCUUGACCUCCUCACUGUGUCUCGAACUCUCAAGUGUACAUAGACUUCGAAUAAAAAACAAAAAAGAAGAAGAGAGGAUUCACAUCAAGGACGUGAAAAAAAUAAAAUAAAUUACUUGUUUUAAGAGUUAUAUAAAUCAAUGAGUAUAUAUAUUUUAAUACUAAAAAAAAAAAAAGAAGAGGGAAGCUAUUUAAAAGAGUACUGUAUAACUUGGGUAUACUCUUAUUGUAAGAUGUAAAAGAUUAUUUUCACGUGGGGUUGUGGAUUUGUUUUCCGUCCCGCUGUGUAUAGAAUAAGAAAUGUUCUAUAUGUUUCCACGAAAAAGUGAGAUUUUAUUAAGGUAUUAGA